AUGAACAUAUUAAAGAAAAUUUCAGGUUCAGCAAGAAUUAAUGGUGAUUUAAAAGAUGAGGUAAUGAAUAGACUAGGUGAAGAAGUAACAUUACUUAUUGAUGUUAUAGCCUAUCCUAAACCUAGUUUUAAAUGGAUACAAGAAUCAACAGGAGAAGAAUUAACACCAGAUACAACUCAACAAGUAGCUACCAAUAAUUAUAUUUCAAGUUUAACAUUCACAAUACAACAAUCAUCAUUUGGUAAUUACACUGUUACUGUUAAUAAUGGUAUAGGUGAUGAUAAAAGUUACACUAUAAAGAUUAUUGAUGGUGAUCCUGGAGUAAAACCAGUUUCUGUUGAACCAUCUGGAUAUCAGAAAGGUUUAAGCACAGGUAUUGGAAUUGGUAUUGGAAUUGGUAUUGGAAUAACUGUUGUUAUUGUAUUUCUAGUUUUACUGACAAUAUUUAUAUAUAGAAAAUAUUAUCCAGCCAAUAAGAAAUUACCAGAAGAAAGAUGCGAUUUCAAAAUUAAAGACGCCACUCAGAAUCAAGUUCCACAAACAAAUACAACGUUAGAAAACAAUUUCUUUCCAUCUUUAUUUAGCGAGAUGGUUUUGGAAGCUGGUUCAAAUCCGAUAGAAACAAUCAAAAAUCCUGGGGAAUUCGACACAAUGUUGAAAACAGUUUUAUAUCCUAAAGAUUUCGAUUCAGUUUCAGGCUGGAUACCCGAUGUUGGCUAUGGAAGUAUUUUAAAGGAACCGGUAAGAAAUCUUGCAAAUGAUGCCGAUUUAGCUAGAGUGAGAGUUGUUGCUCGAAACACGAUAGAAAGAGUAGGACGAGCAGUUAAUCAUGUAUUCGAAAAACGAGUACUUCAGUAUAAUAAUGUUGUUGAGAAUAACAGGUGGGGUAAUUACGUAAAUUGGAAAUUAUAUCCUUUAUUCGGUCUGUUGGAACAUAGAAAAGUUUCCAUAGGCUUACCAUAUAAAAUUCAAAUUCAAAGAGAAACUAGAGCCACUCGUGGCACAGAGUGGGACUUUGCAAAUGUUGCAAAAUGCAAAAGACCCUGA